AUGCGAGUAACCGCAGCGGCAGCCCUGGUCCUUGCGGUGGUGGCAUCCGCAAUGCCUGUCGUGUCGAACCUACACACGUCGAACAACGUCGGGUCGAGCAGCGACACGUCCAACAGCACCUGCUCUAGCUCCCGACCAUGUAUGACAAACAUGGUCACCAAAAUCCUGGAUUCCAUGCUGGCGCACAACCCGGACACCCUACCGCUAGCAACGAUCUAUAGGGCUACUGAAAACUCCCACCCGGCAGCCCUCGGCAUGAUGACCUCGUGGCGUACCAUCACCAAGGCUGGCCCGCCCAACCUGCUUGCAAUCGACACGACUAACGGCACGGCGUACUUCGCCCUAGAUAUCAGUGAAGGCAACGACGAUAUCCAAAACGUCCUUCGGGGCCGAGUCAAGGUGGUUGGCCAGAAUAUCACCGAGCUGGAGCUCUUCAUCAACCGCUUCCGCGGCGACCACGGCUUCUCCUUCUCAUCCCAGGAACUUCCAACCAACUACAAGGACUUGAUGACCCCCCCGGCUAAUCGAACCAAACCCAGCCGAGCAGAUUUAGAGGCCAUCAGCGCGGCCCUCUUCGCCAACUCCAGCAACCCGGCUAGCAACACCUCAGUCGCUGUCGCCGACGAUUGCCAGUUCACUGAAUUAGGCUGGAGAGUCAUCGAUACAGGAGACUACGGAAACGCUUCCUCUGACCCUCUCGGUUGCAGCUGGCCCUCCAGUCACCCUACCGACCCCAACGCACGAAUCAACCUGGUUAUCGAUGAGGAGAUGGGCUUCGUUAUCACCAGCGGCAUUGUUCCCGGUAAAGUCUUCCCCUACGCAAACAUCACCGAGUCCGCCUUCAUCCCGAACACUAUGACUGCGGCCCAGGAAGCUCAGCAGGCUUGGAUCGACCAGAUGCUCGAACUGGGUACGGUUCCCAUGCUGGAGCCUACUGGUGCUACCGGUGAUACUCUCGAAUUGCUCCAGUUCUACGACGAUGAGCUCCAGGCUAUGCAGAUUAAUGUCUACUUGAGCGGUCCAGGUAUGACAUCUCCUUGGUUGUCGUAG